AUGAUUGAUCAUGAACAAUUGAUUAUUACGAAGAAUAACAUUUAUUCAAGGAAUCAUUUCUCAAACGAAAUUGUUGAAGAAGAGCGAAUUGAAGAAGAGGAAGUUAUUGAAUUCCCUGACAAGACAAAUGACAAAUUACUGAUAAAUGACUCCAUGGAAUAUGAUAAUGACAAUAAUGUUAAUAAUCCUAACAAUACCACAUCGAAUAACUUUAAACCUGUGAAUACAUCAACCAGUUCUAAUGUUUCAGCCAGCUUAUCAUUCACUUCCCUGCCACGUAAACAAGUAAGAAGACAAAUUAGAAAUUAUCGUAAAUUUUAUCGAAAAAAUUCAAAUUCUAUUGAUCUUGGCUUUAGUGGAAGAUAUUUUCCGACAUCUAAAGGUAAUUCAUUGAAUAGUCUCAUUGCUUUGCGUGGUAAUUUCAUCGUUGUUGUCGCUGGUAUGAUUACAUAUUUUCUUAUCAUACAUCACUGA